GGCAGUCACCGAAAAGACCACGACGUCUACCACUCGGUUGAUCAGGGUAGCGCGCAGCAUGGGCGACACAGCAAUCACCAAGAAGGCGCGCACAGACGGUCCCAAGCUAAUCUGUACCCAUUCGGGCACUUUCCAUGCGGACGAAGCGCUGGCAGUCCACCUUGUUCGCACAUUGCCUGACUACAAAGACGCCCGCUUAGUACGAACGCGAGAUCCUGCCAUCAUCGAUAUGGCAGAUAUCGUACUCGAUGUUGGCGGGGUCUAUUCUGUAGAGAGGCAGCGAUUCGACCAUCAUCAGCGCGGCUUUGCGGCGACCUUCGACAGCAGUCAUCGCACGAAGCUGUCCUCGGCUGGACUAGUGUACAAGCACUAUGGCAAGCAAAUUAUUGCCCAGAGGCUAGGAUUACAGGAGGCAGACAAAACUGUUAGUACGCUAUACCCAAAGGUGUAUGAGGACUUUGUUGAGGGCCUCGAUGGUAUCGACAAUGGCAUCAAUCAGUACGAAGCAGUGCUCGGAGGCGAUGUGCGCUCGAAUUACCGCAACUUUACCGGUCUCAGUUCACGAAUCUCAAGGCUCAAUCCAUCCUGGAACGAAACGAGCAACAACGAUAUACUGGACGAGCGCUUCGAGACUGCUUCGGCAUUGGCCGGCAGCGAGUUCUUCCAAGUGCUUGACGCAGCAGCGCAUCAGUGGCUUCCCGGUCGUUCGCUCAUCGUCGAAGCGCUGUUUGAGAGAUGCAAGUUUGACGGCGCAGAUCCACACGGGCGGAUCAUGCUCCUUGGGUCUUUCGCGCCGUGGAAGGAUCACCUCUUCAGACUCGAGCGGGAGCUCAGCAUUGAAGAUGACCGCAAGGUGCUCUAUGUCAUCUACCCUGACGAGGCUGGCAAAUGGCGUGUUCAGGCAGUGCCCCGAAGUUCAGAAGGUUUCGAAUCGCGCAAAGCUCUGCCGGCGGCAUGGCGAGGGAUCAGAGACAAAGAGCUCGACGCCCUCGUUGGCAUCGAGGGAUGUGUGUUCGUGCACGCUGCUGGCUUCAUCGGCGGUCAUGCCACGCGAGAGGGAGCACUCAUCAUGGCCAACAAAGCCAUCGCCGCGUGAUCUCUACUUGAUAUUGCACUAGAUGUUGUUUCAAAUUUUCGGCGCUGAGCCCCAAGCUCGCGGUCACCGUCUUUGUCCA